UUAUGUCGUUUAACGUUGCAGGUUCCUCCACCAGAGUUCCAUCUGAUCUUCCUUUAUCUGAUCUUUCUCUUCCGACUGUCGAGGAAGUGAAGGGAUUUAAUGUCGAACUACUUAAUGGAUUCUUGAAAAGGAAGUUAAAAAACAUUGAUAGUCACAUAGAUACCUUAACAGCGCAAGAGGUCGACGGUGAAGCAUUUCUCACUUUAACGCAUGAAGGUCUUAAAGUUUCUGGAAUACCUCUUGGAGCUUCAACAAAAAUCAUAAAGUUGCUUAAUGACCUUCAAGGAGAGCCUCCCAAAAAACGUGUAAAAAUAGAUGGACUGAACAAAUUUUGGCGAGUUUUAAAGGAUGCAUCUUAUGGCGAACGAUUUUUGGGAAAGGAAAAUGGACCUUCCGCUGUGUUCAUUCGUAAAUGUUAUCUUGAUCUGCAAGUUUCCGUCUUUAGAAGAAACAAAAUUCGUAUAACCGGGAAUCCGGGUAUCGGAAAAACCUAUUUCGGAUACUAUUUACUUUAUUUGCUCGCACUACAAAAUCAGACUAUUGUAUAUGAUAACGCAAAUGAAACUAAACCGAUUGUCUUUGAAGGGGAAAAUGCUGAAUACAAUGAUAACAUACACCCAUACCUGUUAAAAUCAAGUGUUUGGUACAUAGUGGAUGGUAAGGAACCUAGUGAUGUUGACGCUAAAACAAUUCUAAUCUGCUCACCCAAGAAGAGUCACUAUGAGCACUUUGAUAAGUAUAGUGGAAGCACAUCACGGUUUAUGCCAAUAUGGAAGUGGAGUGAGAUCGAUACGUGCAGGAAAAUUUAUAAAAAUAUAAAAAAAAAACAAGCUGUAUAUUUGUUUAGGAGGUGGGGAGGAAUCCCUCGGUUUGUUUUGGAAAACGCUAAUGAUAUAACUCACCAAAAUAGACUUGAAGAAGCAAUUUCAUGUGUUAAAGAGAAUAUUUUUGAUUAUGUUGGUGAAAGUGUAGUAGGGGCGGAUGACAUUAGUCACAAGAUCGCUCAUAUCCAUCCUGAUCAAGAUGAUAAUGAACCUUAUACGCGGGUAACUGUAAGAUUUGCAUCAGAUUAUUUGAGGCAAAGAGUGACUGAUCAGUUCGAAGCGCGUAUAAGAGAAAAACUUGUUUCUCAAAUUAGAGCGGGCACAGGUAGUUCACUUUUGGGUAUCUCAUUUGAGUAUAUUUCUCACAAAAUUUUGCGGAAAGGAGGACCUUUUGAUAUUCGUCCUUUAGAUUCCUAUGAAGACCCCAAUUAUAAUGAUCUAAGUGCAGUUGUCAAUUUACCUCCACAGGACAAGAUACUAAGGUUCAACAAAAAAAGUAUUGAUUCGAUCGAGCAACGAAAGUUUUAUCAACCAAAGGAAAAAAAUUUUCCAUCGGUUGAUUCAAUUAUUGCUCCAAAUCGGGUCUUCCAGAUGACUAUUUCAAAAAACCAUCCCAUUAGUCCAGCUGGUUUAAAACUUCUUUGCGACAAAUUAGGUGGCACAUCAGGCAAUGGUUUAAUUUACUAUUACUUCGUUGUACCGAAGCAUCUGUAUGAUGAUUUUAAAUUGCAAAGGUUUGACUCUAAGAACACACCAGCUUGGAUUGAUAGACGCGUUUUCCAAUAUGUUUUAAAAAUCGAGCUGUGA